GUUCCAUUUCAUUCCAGCCAUUACAAUGAGCCCAUCCUCCUAUAGCUACUCCCAUCAGCCCCCACUGGUGGAAAUAGGGUGCCAUUUUGGAUCUUGUCCAGAACUGAUCGGGAGGAAUCUGGAAGGGGAAGUCAACAUGAUGGAUACCUGGGGAUUGUGGGGGAGCAUAGCCAGCCCAGUCGAUGGUCAACUCCUUAAAAGAUUUGAAGGAAGGGUGUGAAAGAGACAUUGCUAUGGUUACAUCCUGUCACAAAGGGUGCACUUCCACACAUCCUGUCACAAAUGGUGCACUUCCACACAUCCUGUCACAAAGGGUGCACUUCCACACAUCCUGUCACAAAGGGUGCACUUCCACACAUCCUGUCACAAAUGAUGCACUUCCACACAUCCUGUCACAAAUGGUGCACUUCCACACAUCCUGUCACAAAUGGUGCACUUCCACACAUCUUGUCACAAAUGGUGCACUUCCACACAUCCUGUCACAAAUGGUGCACUUCCACACAUCCUGUCACAAAUGGUGCACUUCCACACAUCCUGUCACAAAUGGUGCACUUCCACACAUCCUGUCACAAAUGGUGCACUUCCACACAUCCUGUCACAAAUGGUGCACUUCCACACAUCCUGUCACAAAUGGUGCACUUCCACACAUCCUGUCACAAAUGGUGCACUUCCACACAUCCUGUCACAAAUGGUGCACUUCCACACAUCCUGUCACAAAUGGUGCACUUCCACACAUCCUGUCACAAAUGGUGCACUUCCGCACAUCCUGUCACAAAGGGUGCACUUCCACACAUCCUGUCACAAAUGGUGCACUUCCACACAUCCUGUCACAAAUGGUGCACUUCCACACAUCCUGUCACAAAUGGUGCACUUCCACACAUCCUGUCACAAAUGGUGCACUUCCACACAUCCUGUCACAAAUGGUGCACUUCCACACAUCCUGUCACAAAGGGUGCACUUCCACACAUCCUAUCACAAAGGGUGCACUUCCACACAUCCUGUCACAAAUGGUGCACUUCCACACAUCCUGUCACAAAUGGUGCACUUCCACACAUCCUGUCACAAAUGGUGCACUUCCACACAUCCUGUCACAAAGGGCACUUCCACACAUCCUGUCACAAAUGGAGGGAGUUUCCACCAUUGUUAAUUGUUGGAAUAACCCUGGAGAGAGAUGUUGACUGUUGACUUGUGGUCUCAGUGGGGAUGUGAGGCAGAGGUUAGUGUGGUCUCAGUGGGGAUGUGAGGCAGAGGUUAAUGUGGUCUCAGUGGGGAUGUGAGGCAGAGGUUAAUGUGGUCUCAGUGAGGAUUCCCCAGAGGGGAUGUGAGGCAGAGGUUAGUGUGGUCUCAGUGAGGAUUCCCCAGAGGGGAUGUGAGACAGAGGUUAGUGUGGUCUCAGUGAGGAUGUGAGGCAGAGGUUAAUGUGGUCUCAGUGAGGAUGUGAGGCAGAGGUUAAUGUGGUCUCAGUGAGGAUGUGAGGCAGAGGUUAAUGUGGUCUCAGUGAGGAUGUGAGGCAGAGGUUAAUGUGGUCUCAGUGAGGAUGUGAGGCAGAGGUUAAUGUGGUCUCAGUGAGGAUGUGAGGCAGAGGUUAAUGUGGUCUCAGUGAGGAUGUGAGGCAGAGGUUAAUGUGGUCUCAGUGAGGAUGUGAGACAGAGGUUAAUGUGGUCUCAGUGAGGAUGUGAGACAGAGGUUAAUGUGGUCCCCGUUUGUGGUAGAUGGUGGCAGAUUGUGGUAAAUUGCAUUGUGUGUCAUUGCACCACACUAUCACAAGGGGGAGAUAGAGCGCUGAUUUUGAUUUCUCUCCCUCUAAAAACAGAUAGAAAUAAUUCUAAAUAACAAACUGGCUUAAUUUACCACAGUGUGGAAGGCUGAUAGCCCCUCUAUAUAGAGUUUCUGAAACACAGAGUCCUUCUUUGCUGAUGUGAAGAAGAAACUGAAUGAAAGAGAGUCCAGUGAGGAUCGGGAGGGAAAAAGGUUUCCCAAGUCCUGAGCUAUUUUUUUUAUUAACCCUUAUUUUUGACUGAGAGCACGUUCUCAUUUACAGCAACGACCUGAGGAAUAGUUACAGGGGAGAGGAAGGGAGGGAUCAAUGAGCAAAUUUUAAGGGACGUUCUCUUGAUAAGUGUGUGAAUUGGACCAUUUUCCUGUUCAAAUGUAACAAGUACUUUUGGGUAUCAGGUAGUAAAAAGUACAUUAUUUUCUUUAGGAAUGUCGUGAAGUAGAAGUAAAAGUUGGCAAAAAUAUAAAUUGUGAAAGUACAAUAAAACGACUUAGAACGUUAAA